UACUGCGCAGCAUCACUGCGGUGAAGCGAACCAGAGAAGAGGUGGUAGCGCUCAACCUCAGAACCCCUUUGCUUUUGUCUGUCUGUCUAUUUAUCUGCGCAACGAACUCGCAUCUCUGGAUAAACUGAUUGACAGACAGCUUGUGAGGAGGAGUCGCCUACAUCAUCAGCAUCAUCAUUGUCAUCACAGCGGCCUCUGCAGCGAAGGCGGAGGAGAGGAGACGAGAGAAAGAAGAUAAGUUUUCUGCCCCUUUGUUUUGUUUUUUUUUGACCGCGGGGGAAAGCAGUAACUCGGAGAUGCUCCCGCUAUUGUCCCUCGCGGUGCUGUGCAUCAUUGCGGCUGUGCCUCGGCAGGUGAACGGGGAUGAAUGUGAACCUGAGUCAUGUGAGGGUGAUGCAGACUGUUUCACCCCCCAGUCAGAGGAGGCGCUACUCUUAUCCACGCCAGACUGGGAGGAGCCGAUCACAGCAGGUCCGUGCCAGCCCAACCCGUGCCACCAUGGGGGUGUGUGUGAGACCACUAAUGCCCAACGAGGUGAUGCCUUCCUGGGGUACCACUGUCAUUGCUCCCCUGGCUACUCUGGAGCCCACUGCCAACACAAUGUGAAUGAGUGUGAGAGUGGACCGUGCAGGAACGGAGGUGUGUGUACAGACCGGGAGGCCAACUACACGUGUGUGUGUCCUGGAGAAUACACAGGCAGGAACUGCCAGCACAUGUGUUCAGGUCCUCUGGGCAUGGAGGGUGGUAUCAUCACCAAGGGGCAGCUGUCCUCCUCCUCUGCUCAGCGGGGCAUGUUUGGUCUGCAGCACUGGAGCCCUGACCUGGCCCGGCUCCACCGCAGGGGCAUGGUUAAUGCCUGGAGCCCUGCAGUCAGCGACCGCUGGCCCUGGAUACAGGUGAACCUGCGGCAGCAGAUGCGUGUGACGGGGCUGAUUACCCAGGGUGCUCGGCGGCUGGGCAGCUCAGAGUAUGUGAAGUCCUAUAAGAUCGCCCACAGCGACGACGCUAGGACCUGGAGCAUGGUGAAAACCAGAGGAGACACACAGGACAUGAUAUUCCACGGUAACUCAGACAGCAGUUCUCUCAUGGCCAACGCCUUCUCUUCACCAAUUGAAGCGCAGUACAUACGGGUUUACCCUCAAGUCUGCAGGGGCCGUUGUAUGCUGCGCAUGGAGCUGAUGGGCUGCGAGCUCACAGGUUGUUCAGAGCCUCUGGGUCUAAAGGGGCGUGAGGUGCAGGACUCCCAGCUGACCUCGUCCUCUGUGUACCGGACCCUGGGCAUGGGUCUGCUGGCCUGGACCCCGAACAGAGCCAGACUGGACAACCAGGCCAAGGUCAACGCAUGGACCGCAGCCACCAAUGACCAAAACCAGUGGAUACAGGUAGACCUGUUGGUUCCUACUAAGGUAACAGGUGUAGUGACUCAGGGAGCUAAGGACUUUGGCCGUGCCCAGUUUGUGCGCUCCUACAAACUAGCCUACAGCAACGAUGGACUGAGGUGGAUGACAUACCAGGACGAAACACAACACAAGGACAAGGUGUUCCAGGGGAACAUUGAAAAUGACACCCACAGGAAGAACUCCAUCCAGCCGCCCAUAUAUGGUCGUUUCCUCCGCCUCAUCCCCUGGUCCUGGUACGGACGCAUCACACUGAGGAUGGAGCUACUGGGCUGCACAGAGGACGACUGACCAUCUCUCUCUCCCUCCCUCUCUUCUCCCUCCGUCUCUUUCUCUCUCACCUAGCUCUCUCUUUCCCCUCUCUCGCUCUUUCCCUGUCCUUGCUUCUGUCUCUCUCCCCUUUCUCCAUCUCCCAUCUCUCUCGCUCUUCUCCCUCCUUCCAUCUCGCUCUCUCACUUAACCUCUUCUCCACCCACCCCACCCCCCACCCUUCCCCCCUCUUUCUCUCUUGCUGGAAGUAGCAGUGUGGACAGUGGUCACAAGAGACACCGGGAAAGAAAAUGGGACGUAAAGGUCACAAUAGGUGACUGAUUUGACUGGUUUACCGUGUGUUAUUUAGUUCUUGGAUUAUUAUAAGGUACUUCUGCUCUUCAAUGUUUUUUGCUAUAUCGUACUCCUGUGUGAUAGCAUUUCUAACAGUAGUGUAGUGCCAAAACAAUACAGGGUUAACUUCUCCGUGACCAACCUUUGACUGUUCCCUCCCACAGUUUCUGACGGCGAAACAGCCCUCUCAAAGCACAAAGUUCCCCUAAAUAACGAUAACAUUUCAAAGGCGUUUUUACAGACGUUGUAAAAGAAAAGUUACAACAUUAUUCACGCCACAUUGUGAGGAAAAGAUAUUUUAAUGCUGUUGAACCGCUAGAAAAUGUCAUCCACUGAACAAUAACCUCUGAUAUGGUAUUCGUUGAUACUGGUUGAAUACAAUAUUGAUGGUAGUAACAUAAUUCUUUACCUGAUAUGAAGCAACAAGCCUCUUUCUGUGUAGUAAAACGAGUGACAUAAUA